AUGUCUGGAAUUAUCAACAAGGUCAAGGACGCCCUCCACUCCGACAAGUCCCACGAGACUCCUGAGGGAACAACUGGCCCUCACUCCAACCGGGCAGCCAACGCUGCCGACCCCCGUGUUGACUCCGACCGGGACCACCGUGCCAACCCCGCCACUGGCACUACUGGCACUCACGGCACCACCGGUACUCAUGGAACAACCGGCACAACUGGCCUCGGCAGCACCGGCCACACCGGCACACACGGAAGCAGCAAUGUGACCGGUUACGAUGACCCUACCGGAACACACGGUCCUCACGGACGUGUGGGCAAUGCCCUCGACCCCCGUGUUGACUCGGAUGCUGACCACCGCCGCGCCGGAGCUGGCACUGGUGUUGGCACAACUGGCACCCACACCGGUACAACCGGUACUGGUAGCACUGGCCACACUGGCACAACUGGUAUCGGCAGCACUGGUCAUACCGGCACACACGGAAGCAGCAACGUGACUGGCUACGAUGACCCCACCGGAACACAUGGCCCUCACGGCCGCGUUGGCAACGCAAUCGACCCUCGCGUCGACUCCGAUGCUGAUCACCGCCGUGCUGGCGCCGGUGUUGGCUCUACCGGCACAACUGGUAUCGGCUCUACUGGUCACACCGGCGGCCUUGGCUCUACCGGCACUCACGCCGGUGGCAUUGGCUCUACCGGUACCCACACCGGCACUCACACCGGAACUCACACCGGUACCCACACUGGCGGCAUUGGUUCUACCGGUACCCACACUGGUGUCGGCUCUACUGGAGGCAUUGGCUCUCACGCCGGCCACGGCACGACUGGCUACGACGACCCCACCGGUACGCACGGCACGCACGGCUCCAAGAUCGCAAAUGCGGCCGAUCCCCGCAUCGACAGCGACCGUGACCACCGUGGAGCUCCUGGCGCUGCUGGCACCGCUCACGUCGGCUCCGGUCCCGGCCCUGCGGCCAACACCGCUGGCCCUCACAAGUCCGACAUCCUGAACAAGGCCGACCCAAGAGUCGACAGCGAUCUCGACGGAAGCAAGACCGUUGGCGGCAACAAGACGUAUGGACAGACUGGCAACUCUUCACUGGCGCACAAGGAUCCUACGGACGCUGCCCAGGUGCCUCCGUCUGUGCUCCGUGACCACAUUGGCGACCCUGAUGUAGUGCACGGCGACCACCACCAUGGUCGUGAUGAGAGACAUCAGUCUGUCUCUCACCAGGAGGCGCACAGAGGUCUUUAA